AUGCGGCGUGGCGGCGCACAGGCGCCCCUUACUGCCUUUGUGCCAAAUUUGAGUAUCAACAGGAGCGGGGCCUCGCCAAACGAUCGCACGAACUUGGACGUUUCGGGCAAUGAUCGGCAAGGCCCAUCCACGGCCAACACCACAACAAAUGCGGGAGGACCGCGCUGCUGGAAUGCGUUUGCCAGCGCCGCCACCUCCUCCGACAGCAACCACAACAAUAAUAGCAGCAGAUACACAAACAACAAUGACACAAUAAGUGGGUAUGAUCAGAGCUCUCCCACGCCACACAACGCUAGCGUGUUUCUGCCUGCGGAAGCAUCGGGGGCGAAAAGGGUUGAGAUUGGCCUUCACUCGUCGCGACCGGAUGACGCGUCCAACGGGAACAUUAUUAAGGGCUACGCCAGCGCCAGAAGCAACAAAGACAGUGGGAGGAUGAACAGGCGCAUCAACGUUAGUAGCAGUGGUGGCGGUGGUUCCACCUUUGCCACUCACGUUGAUACGCGCGGUGCGGUUGCACGAUGCGGAUGGGGCAUGAGCCACAGUAGAUCGCAUGAUAACGCCCAAAGCAUUUUUGCGCCUGGGAGUGCAGGUCGAGCCCCGCGUCGCGAUGCGGAACGAAUUCCGCUUAGAACACCGUCUUCCUCGUCCUUGAAUGAUGAUGAUUCCUCCUCCUCCUCUUCAUUCGCACCAGAAGCUUCGGAAUUGUCGUUGACGGAGUCGGUUCUCCUUGACUUUGACGCGGAACCUGUUGUGCCACCAGGGGUCUUGAGUGCAUCCCAACCCUGUGGCUUUGCAUGGAUACGGCACCCGUGUCACACCAUCGUCCUGAGCCUACUUCGAAGCCGCGACCUCUUUCUGCCACGCUACGCCGAUCUUGCCGAGUACCACAUGUCAGAGGUGUUUCUCCACUACAUUAGCCUCUGUUGCCAGGGGGCGUACUUCGUCCGCUACGAGACCAAGUCUUCGCCGAAGGAACGUUUCUUCAGUAUCCGCAUGUUGCCCCGUGACAUGACAACACGACACUCGGAGAAGAUUCCGUAUUUGGCCUGGACCAUGCAUCGCACGGGAGUUCAGCUGGCAGGCUGUGUCCCGUUAGAACAGCUUGUGGGAAUCACGGUAAAUACGCGCUCGGCGUCGUUUCACCCACACAUGCUGUCCUUGCGCACAAUAGUAGGACCACGGGUGGACAACCACCGUGUGAAGCUUCCGACCGAGGGCGCCUUUUCCCUUUGGUUCACUGCCCGCCGCCAUGGCACCGCGAUAAGUGUAGACAUCCUCACAUGCAACUCAAUCGUAUUAGACAUUUGGACAAAGGCGUUUAAGGGUCUAGUAAGCGUGAACAGUUCUUCUGUUGUGCAGGUGCCCCUCACAAGUGCGGGUGGCUCCGCUGGAUUGGAGGAGUUGACAAAAGAGGCUCAGCAGCAGUUGAAGAAUGGUAUUCAGUAG